AUGUGGUGUUCUGAGGAAUGUCCCGAUCCAUUCAAAUCAGCAGAAGGGAAAGACAAACUUCAACAAUUCUGCAGAGAUCGUAAGGGAGUAGCUAUCAAAGACUUUCGCCUAGAGGGACCUGAAGAACUCUAUGAGUUGCUCGAUCCAAAAUAUAACCUCAAAAUCAUCAGAUUAGUUCGCGAUCCUCGAAGCAUGCUCGUCUCUCGAAGAAAAAUGGGGCCUCUGUAUAAAGAUCAAGCGACAAAAGAAGGAAUCUACAAAGAUUGCGCCAAGAACCUUGAUUUCUUCCUUGAUUCCAAGACUCGGGAAAACACACUUUUCGUUCGAUACGAAGAUAUUGCUAGAACUCCAAUUGAGUCAGCGAAAUAUAUUUAUGAUCAUUUUCGAAUCCCACUCAACGAUGAUCUUCUUCGGAAUUUUGAAAAUGCAACUCAUACGGAAACGGAAGAUCAAAAGGGUAUCUUUACUGUCAAUAAAGCAAAAAAUGAAAGCGAAAUUUUUGAUGGCUGGAGAAGAAAAACUGGCACUCUUGUCAAAUCGAAGGAAAUCAAAGAAAUUGAGGCUAAAUGCAAAGUUAUGAUGAAAUUAUUCGGCUACAAGCGAAAUAUUCUUGAGCGAAACAUCUCUUGA